AUGAGGCAUGUGGAUGAAAAUAUUCCGGGCGUGUUCUUCUUAGAUGGUCCCGGUGGAACUGAAAAUACAUUUUUGUACAAAGUUUUGUUGGCCAAUAUUCGUGCCUAUGGUCUUAUUGCACUUGCAACACCCACGUCAGGUGUUGCAACUAAUAAAAUGCCAAGAGGGAGAACAACUCAUUCACGAUUUAGAAUUCCCCCCAAUAUUGAUAUAACUCGAUAUGCAAGAUCACAAAACAAAGAGCUUAGUUUCGCUAUGACAAUCAAUAAAGCUCAAGGGCAAACAAUUCCAAAUGUAGGUGUCUAUCUACCAGAAUCGGUAUUCUCACAUGGCCAACUUUAUGUGGCAUUGUCCAGAGGAAUAUCACGUGUCAAUACCAAGGUAUUAGUAAAGCCGGAAAAAACAUUUGAUAGUGAUGGAAUCUACAUAUCAAACGAUUUGUACAAAGAAGUUUUACGUGAUUAA